AUGGGGGUCACAACUUCCCGACCUUCAUGCACCUCAUGCACCUGCUGCAGCUGUUUCUCUGACUGUGGUGCCUCAAGUUUAAGCAGGCUGUGGUUUCGUCUAGUGUACUUCUUUCGGUCGAAUACUGACUCUGUGGGAAUAAAUCGGUCACACCUGGAAACUAUUCUUCAGGAACUAGGCGAAGGAAACACUAAAGUUGUGAAGGGCAUCGUGACGAGUUGCGGGAAUGAUUACGGCUGGAUCGAAGACUGUGUCUUCUUCAGCACUGAUGUUGUCCUUGGUGCUGUGCCCCUGCAUGCUGGAGACAAAGUCCUUGCACUUGUGGAGGAAGACCCACUCUCUCAUGAAUUGAAAGCAACAGAAGUCUGUAUUUUUUCAGUACAGGAUGCACCUAAGGAAAUCAAAGAUUUAUCUGUUUGUGUUUCCCAUGUGAAGAAAAAUAUCAUCUACAUCGCUGAUGAAUACCACUUCUACCUAGACAGGAUUUCUAAAGCCAUCUUAGGUUUUAUGCCUUAUGAAGGGGACUGGUUGGAUAUUGAAUACUCUGUGGUACAAGGAUCCUCAAAAAUCACAGUACACUCAGUGAAGGCCACAAAACGCAGGCAACUGGAAGAGGUGUUUGUGACCAGUAUCCACCGUAGAGAAGGAAUGUUGAACCACAGCAUCUUUUUCACCCUGGACUCCCUGCACCUUCCCUUGGGAUACACCCCUUUUGUAGGCCACAUGGUCAGCGUGGUGAUAGUUCAGAGCAUCCGGCCCAAUUACAACUGGAGAGCAAUCUCCAUGACCCCAGUUACAGGAGCAGUACAGGACAGGGGCGUUGAGAAUCCCUCCUCAUUGUUAUUCUUAUACCAAUAG